GUCCUCUGAGCUCCGGCUGCCUGCUCCCUGUCCACUGGGGUGACCGGGACCAUCUGCCCGGGCCAUGUGCACCUGACCACGGCUGCUGCAGAGGCAUCAGACGGGAAGUCACCAACUUCAGACUGGGAGAACUGGCGGCUCUGCUAGAGCUGCACCAUCAGCAUGAAUAAUGUAGAUGGGCAUCCUGGAGCGGAUCCCAGUCGGGCUCCGGGGAGCAGGAACACCAGCCCCGCUGCAGGAGGAGAAGCACGGACAGGACGCGGUGAUCAAACCCCGGGGUCCGCGUCCACCGUGACCGACAUGGAGACGGGGAUGCUCGGCGGGCACAAAGUGAUCAGCAGCCGUGGCGGAGCCGCUGCUGGUGGUGUUGCACCUCCUCCUCCUCCUCCUCCUCCAUCAACAUCAUCAUCAUCACCAUCAUCAUCAUCAUCAUCCCACCACACACCUCCGCCGUUCAGCCAGUUAAUCCAGCAGCUGCACAACCACCACCAGCUCCACCAACAGCGACUGCGACCCAUCAACAUCCCAGACAGCAGCAGCAUCCAGCGGGGCCAGAGGGGACAGAGCGGCGGGGAGCGACAGCAUCAUGGAGGGGAAGGAAACCUCCUCCUGGUGGGGAACAGCCGAGCAGAGGAGCGCCAUCAGCAACACCAGCUGAACAGAAGCGAGGAGGAGGAGGAGGCGGAGGAAGAGGAGGAGGAGCGGAUGGAUGCCAGCCUCGGAUCAGCCACCAACACCACCACCACCACCAACAACAACAACCCUCCUCCAAGAGGGACCAGCUCCGAGUUUAAUCAUUAUUAUGGGAAUGGAAGAGGAGGGCCUUGCUUUGAUCAACAUGGCGGACAACAAAGCCCAGGGACUGGGGUAACAGCGGCGGCGCUCUCGGCACACAGCACCAUGGACCAGGUUCACAACUCCCACGAAGGCUACAGCAACAACAGCCCGUAUAACCACUACCCGAACUAUCGGCCCGGCUAUGGGACCAGUGGAUACGGGGGCAUGAUGAGUCCCUCCCGCCAGGGGAAUAACCUGAUGGGCCCGGGCGGCGGCAGCUCGGCCAAAGCGGCUAUGAUCGCGACCAGCUCCCCGGCUGGAGGCGGCGGCGGCGGCGGCGGCAACAACGGAGGAUUCCAGCGGUUCCCCGGACAGGGUCAGCAGCAGCAGCAGCAGCAGCAGCACCCCUCCGGAGCUACACCGACUCUAAACCAGUUAUUGACGUCUCCGAGCCCGAUGAUGAGAGGUUAUGGAAGUGGAUAUCCUGAUUAUAAUAAUCCUUCCGCACAACAACAGCCGAGCAUGGGGCCGGCUAAAGACAUGGGCUCCCAGUACGGCGCGGCGGCGGCGGCGGCGGCUCACGGCUGGGCAGGACAACAAAGAAGUCACCCGGCUAUGAGCCCCGGGAGCAACGGGCAGGGCGGCGGCAGGUCUCAGGUGCCGCCAAUGGACCCGAUGGCGAUGAAGCGCUCGCAGCUCUACGGCAUGAGCAACAACCCGUAUUCCCAGCAGCAGGGGGCGCCAUACUCCGGCCAGGCCUACAGCGCCCCCUCCCCCCACAGAUACCCGAUGGGGAUGGCCAGCAGGGGGCAGAUGGGGAUGGGAGCGAUGCAGUACCCGCAGCAGCAGAUGGGUUCUCAGUACAGUCAGCAGCAGCAGCAGCAGCAGCAGCAGCAGCAGCAGCAGCAGAGCGUGGGAGGUUACUGUCAGCCGGGUCAGCCGCCGUACUUCAGCCCUCCACAGCAGCAGCCCGCCGCCCCGAGCCAGCCGCCGUACAUGCAGCCACGCCCACUGCCUCAACAGGAGGUGCCUCAGGAGGCAUACGGGGGCCGAGGCCAGUCUGCUGCUAUGACUCCUGGGAAACCAAACCACGAGGAGAUGAGUCUGAGCCAACAGGAGAGGCCGUCCAGCCUGCCGGAUUUAUCCGGCUCCAUCGAUGACUUGCCCACCGGCACCGAGGCGGCGGUGAGUUCAGGGGCGUCGGGCUCCAGCAGCGCUCAGGGCGAUCAGGGGACUCCAGCACGUUCUCCUUUCUCCCCCCACGUCUCACCUCGACUCCCCCCGCCGGCUCGCACCGGGCCCUCGCCCUCCCCGUCGCCGUCCCCCGCUGGGUCCAGCAGCCAAUCACGAUCCGGUCCGAUGUCCCCUGCCACCAGUGGACCAGGCCCUCAGUUGACCCCUCAGGUCUCUGGUCCUGGAUCAGACGGCGGCCCUCAGUCAGCCCCGCCUCAGGACAGAGGUUUCCCUCCCUCCAUGCAGCGUAGCACCCCGGGGCCUCAGUUUGGCCCUCAGCAGUCAGCACCGCCCAUGUCCCCUCACCCAGCGCCGGGGGGCACCAUGCACCACGGCUCCUACCAGCAGGGGGCGUCAUACGGCCAGUACGGACCUCCAGGUAACUUCCCCCGGCCCCCCCACUACGGCGGGGCCCCCAGUGCCAACUACAGCGGCCCUGGCCCGGGUCCUGGUUUAGCCAACAGUCUGGGGUUAAACGCCAGCAGUCCCAUGCACGGUCAGGGCCCAUCCACCCCGGCAGGUCGCGGCCCUGGGCCUGGCGCCGGGGGCCGGCCUUACCCCGCUGGAGGGAGUGCCAUGGCUCCCACCUCCCCUGGCAUGCCACAGCCCGCCGGGCAGGGCAUGGGGCCCCCGGGGCCCAACACCAGCCGCAAACUGCCUGAGGUCGGCCCAAAUUCUGGGCCGAGUGCCAACUCCUCGUCAUCCUCGACCUCCGCCAGCGUCGCCGCUGCUGUCGCCCAGAGCAGGCCUCCCUUUGCUCGUUCCCCAGCCUACCACAACCAGUCCUGGCCCGGCGGUCGACCUGCCCUCUCUCCCACCCUUCAUCCCUCUCAUCCUCCUCACCCUCCUCACCCUCCUCACCCUCCUCACCACUCCCAGCAGGGGACCACUGCUCAGCCUCAGCCCUCCGUGCAGACCCCCCCUGAGCAUUAUGGGCAGGGAAGCUACCUGGGCAUGGCACCGAUGGGAGGGAUGGGCUCUGGAGGCCCUGGAGGCCCUGGAGGCCCUGGAGGUCCUGGAGGUCCCUACAGCCAGCAGGCAGGCAGCAACUCUGGUAGGAUGACGCCGCAGGGACCGCCCUACAGCGCCCCGCCCUCAGGGCCCAUGAUGAUGCCAGCAGACGGGAUGGGAGCUCAUCCAGACGCCAAGCAGCGGCUAGAGCUCAGCAAAGAGGGCGUCUGUCCCGCCACCGCCGAACCCCCGAAACCCAAGUGUGUGUCCCAGCCCCCCACCCCGUCCCCCAUGUCCCCCAGCUCAGCUAGUCUGUCCUCCUGUCACGGGGAGGACAGUGAUAGCAUUAGCAGCCCCGCCUGGUCCAAGACAUCAACCAGCCCCAAGCCCAGCGUGGCCACCAUGACCAACGAGAAGAUCACCCGGCUGUACGAGAUGGGCUCUGAGCCGGAGAGGAGGCUGUGGGUGGACCGCUACCUGACCUUCAUGGACGAGAGGGGGACGCCCGUCCCAAACCUGCCCGCCGUCGGGAAGAAACCUCUGGACCUCUGCAGACUGUACAUGGCGGUCAGAGAGAUCGGAGGACUGGCCAUGGUGAACAAGAACAAGAAGUGGAGGGAGUUGUCGUCCCUGUUGAACGUGGGGACGUCCAGCAGCUCGGCCAGCUCUCUGAAGAAGCAGUACAUCCAGUACCUGUUUGCCUACGAGUGUAAGGUGGAGCGUGGGGAGGAGCCUCCACCUGAGGCCCUGGGCCCCACUGGAGACACCAAGAAACCUCUGUCCCUCCAGGCCAAGAUCCAGCCCCCGUCCCCAGCGAACUCGGGCUCCCUGCAGGGCCCCAACACCCCUCAGUCCAGCAGCAGCUCCCUGACCGAGGCCCCUGGAGACCUGAAGCCCCCGACCCCAGCCUCCACCCCGCACAGCCAGAUGGGCCCCCACCCUGGAAACAGGAACAUGGUCGGGGUGAGCGUCCAGGACCCGUUCUCUGAAGGCAGCGAUCCAGCCUUCCACAGCAAGCGAGGCCCCGGCCCCGGCGGCGCCCCCUACCAGCAGGGCGUAGGUCCUACAGACCCCUCGAUGAGGAUGCAGUACGAUGCCAAAAAAGACCCGUACGGAGGACCGAGGAAAGGUCCGGGGCCCGGCGAGGCCUUUGGUCCCGGUCAGAUGCCCAGCGGUGCCAUGCAGGACAUGUACCCCCGUGGGCCGCCCUCUGGGCCCCUGACAGGGAUGGGCCCCAGGCCCCAGUACCCCUACGGCCCUGGCUACGAGCGGAGGCCGGAUCACGUGAUGGGACCAGAUGCAGCCAUGGCGCCACCUGGAGGUCAGAACAGCAUGGGUCCAUCUGGAAACGAGUCGAGCAUGUACCCCGCCAACAGAUACCCCCACCAGAGACACGGACACGACGGUUACGGGCAGCAGUAUCCUCACGGCAUGGCCUACACUUCCCAUCAGCCCCUGUACCCUCAGCAGCAGGGUUACAAGCGUGCGAUGGAGGGGAUUUACCCCCCGGCGAAGCGUCAUGAAGGCGAGGCGUUCACGGUGCAGCAGUUUGGCUCCCAGCAGCCCGACAUGUUCGGCCCCUACAGUGGAGGAGGCGGUGGGAGCUACAUGGGCGCCGAGCGGCGGCCAGUGCAGGGCCAGUACCCGUACCCGUACGCCCGGGACCGGCAGGGCCCCCCACAGCACGGCAUGAUGGGCUCAGGACCACCAGCGGUGUCCGGGGGCCCCGGGGAGGGGCCGCAGCCCAACAUGUGGCACCCCAGGACAGACAUGGGCUACACGUACAGCCGGCAGGGCCAGGGGCCCCCCUACCCCGGCAUGGGCCGAGGAGACGACCAGGAGGGCCGGGCCCCCCAGGACAGCCAGUGGCCCCCCAGUCAUCCAGGACAACGCCAGCCCCCAUUCCCCCCACUCUCCUCCUCCUCCCCCUCCAUGCCCCCCCUGCCCUCCAGACAGCCCCCCUCUUCCUUCCAGGCCACGCCCACCGUCCCUAACCACGUGACCCGCUCUCACAGCCCCUCCUCCUUCCCCCGGCCCCUGGGGGGCUCCCUGUCCCCCAACAGCGCUCCCUACCUGCCCUCCAUGAAGAAGCCGGGGCCCCCACCCACACAGGGCCUCCCCAUCAUCCACAGAGAGGUCAGCUUCCCCCCCAGCUCUGUGGAGGCCACACCCCCUAAACUGAAGCCACGACGCCGGCUCACCUCCAAGGACACAGGAACCCCAGAGGCGUGGCGGGUGAUGAUGUCACUGAAGUCGGGCCUGUUGGCAGAGAGCACCUGGGCUCUGGACACCAUCAAUAUCCUGCUGUAUGACGACAGCACGGUGGGCUCCUUCAGCCUCACACAGCUGCCUGGUUUCCUGGAGCUCAUCGUGGAGUUUUACCGCCGCUGCCUCAUCCAGAUCUUCGGGAUCCUGGAGGAGUACGAGGUGGGAACUGAGGGCCAGAGGACCCUGCUGGGACCCCUGCCCGACACCCCUGAGGAGCAGCAGGAGGUGCUGAAGGAGCCAGCAGCUGACGGCCCGUCAGCCGAGGAGCCGAGGACACCGAGGAGGCUGAUCGAGGAGAUGGAGGAGAGGAUGGAGGUGCUGCUCACAGCUGCUCCUGACACAGAGGAGGAGGUGAAAGACAGCGAACCUGUCGUCAAAGAGGAGGCGGAGGUGGUGAAGGAGGAGCACCAGGAGCAGGCAGAGCCCCGCCCCCUGCAGGCCAGCAAGUACGACAAGCUGCCAAUCAAGGUGGAGGAGGAGGGCAAGGAGUGGGAGGAGGUGGAGGAGCGCUGGGCCGAGCUCCGCCGACCCAACGGCUUCAUCAGCGGCCUUCUGCACUGGAAGGCCGGAGGAGGAGACUCCACCGCUCACAUUCAGACAGGAGAGAGGGACGGGAGGAGGGGAGGAGACGAGGGGAGGAGACAGGAGACAGGGGGAGGAGGUGACAGGCAGGAGGAGGUGGAGGAGAGGAGCCCACCAGCCGGUGAGGAGACGCCACCUGAAAGCCAAGAAGGCGUCCUGUCGGAGGUCAGAGGUCAGAGGUCGCCGGCGGCCCAUAGUCCCCUCAGUCAGCUGGAGGACGAGCCUCGCUGCUGGGACGAGGCUCCUCUGUCCACCGCCGAGUCGUGGCAGGACUCUUUGGCUAAACGCUGUGUCUGCAUCUCCAACAUCGUGCGCGGCCUCUCCUUCGUCCCCGGCAACGACGCCGACAUGUCGCGGCACCCGGGCCUGUUGCUGAUCCUGGGCCGGCUGGUGCUGCUGCACCACCACCACCCUCGCAGGAAACGGACGCCGCCCAGCUACCAGCGGGAGGAGGAGCAAGGGCUGGCCUGCAGCCGGGACGAGUGGUGGUGGGACUGCCUGGCGGCACUCAGGGAGAACACGCUGGUGACGCUGGCCAACAUGUCGGGCCAGCUGGACCUGUCGCAGUACCCCGAGAGCAUCUGCCUGCCCAUCCUGGAUGGGCUGCUGCACUGGAUGGUGUGCCCGUCCGCCGAGGCCCAGGACCCGUUCUCCGCAGCGGGCGGCGGCUCCUCGCUCACGCCUCAGAGACUGGUGCUGGAGUGUCUGUGCAAGCUGAGCAUCCAGGACUGCAACGUGGACCUGCUGCUCGCCACGCCGCCCUUCAGCCGCCAGCAGAAGCUCUACGCCACGCUGAUGCGCCUGGUGGGCGAGAGGAAGAGCCAGGUGUGUCGGGAGAUGGCGGUGGCCGUGCUGUCCCACCUGGCGCAGGGCGACCCGACGGCGGCGCGCUCCAUCGCCCUGCAGAAGGGCAGCGUGGGAACUCUUAUCGGCUUCCUGGAGGACAGUGUGGCGGUGGCUCAGUACCAGCAGAGCUCGCACAGCAUGCUGCACGCCGCCUCGCCGCCGGAGCCGCCCAGCGUCAAUAUGAUGUGCCGUGCCGCCAAAGCACUGCUGGCCAUGGCGAAGGUGGAGGAGAACCGGUCGGAGUUUGUUCUGUACGAGAGCCGGCUGCUGGACAUCUCGCUGUCGGCCGCCCUCAACACCUCGGUGGCGGCCAUCAUGUGUGAAGUACUGUUUAAAAUCGGCCGCUCGUGACACGAACACCGGCACGGAGCGCGCUCAGUGUGACGGACUGGCUCCUAUUAUAUUUUUAUUUAAAGAACAGAACAGAAAUGUUUUUACAUACAAAUGAAUAUAUAUAGAAUAUUUACGGCUCCUCGCUCCAUCUGCAAAAUGUUUAUUUGGGAUUUUUAAGUAAUUUUAAUACAAAAAUAUUUAAUACUUGUAUUUUUAAUUUUUUAUUCUUUUGUCAGUUUGUUGUUUUGUUUUAACCAAAGUGUGGCGGCGGACAACGCUCGGGUUCUGUGGACGUUUGUUUCUGUUUCCUGGGGACGGGGCUAGUUAGAUGUUUGGGGGCGGGGUCAGAUUUAUUUAAAUAGUGACACAUGUUGUAGAUAAGCGUCUGUCGUCAUGACGCAGGAAACAAUGAUGUUCAGUCGCGUCUUUGUUUUGGUGCAAUAGGUUUGUUUUUGGGCGUUUCUUACUUUAAUGUGAAUUAUUUGACCAUCUGCAGUUCGACCAUCAGUAUUUUGCCGACAACAGUAUCAAACGUCACUUUCUGUUUUAUAAGAACUUUUAAUGUCCUCCAACAAAUCUCCCAUCAUCCCUCUGUAAAUAGACGAUGUACAUUUGAGCUCCAGCAGGUGGCGCCAUCAUUUAUAAUCAGCUGAAGGUUCAGUUCGUCCCAGCAGGCCAAGACUUCUCUCAGUCCAGGACGUGUUUGGGGGGGGGGGGGGGGGGGGGGGGGGG